GUAUUGCUGGAGAAGGAGAAAAGUGCUUCGGAUCUCUUCAGGAUUAAUUUAUUCAAAAGAAAUAACAGAAAAAUACUCAACAUGCAAAAGUCUUGUGAAGAAAAUGAAGGAAAACCACAGAACAUGCCAAAGACCGAGGCCGACCGCCCUUCGGAAGAUGUACCACAGGAGGCGGAAGGAAAUCCUCAACCUUCCGAAGAAGGUGUAAGCCAGGAAGCAGAAGGAAAUCUUGGAGGAGGGCUGACCCAGCCUGGCCAGGGGUUUAAAGAGGACACUCCUGUGAGGCAUUUGGACCCUGAAGAAAUGAUAAGAGGAGUAGAUGAGUUGGAAAGGCUUAGGGAAGAGAUAAGAAGAGUAAGAAACAAGUUUGUGAUGAUGCAUUGGAAGCAAAGACAUUCACGCAGCCGUCCUUACCCUGUGUGCUUUAGGCCUUGAAUUCUUUUUUUGUCUGAUAUUAAAAUCUGGCCCCUGCUUUCUUUCUGUUAGCGUUUUCUGAUGUAUCUUUGACCUUCGUUUUACUUUAAUCAUCUGGUGGAAUUUUGUUUUAGGUAGUUUCCUUGUUAUCAGCAUCUCACUGGAUUUUGUAUUUUGACCCAUUCUCCAGGUCUGUUUUUCAAUUGGAAAGUUUCACACAUUUGCAUGAAAAUAUAUUCAUUAUAUAUUGUGAAGUAAAACAUAACAGGUUACAAAGCGAUAUAUUUAGUAUCAGCUCAUAUAUGUAGGAUUAAAUCCCAAAUUUGUGUGUGCGUGUGUGCGUGUGUGUAUACAUACAUAUAUCAGAAACGUAACUGCUUA